AUGAGGUCUUCCACAUCAUGUAAAAAAAUAGUACAUGGCCUGUUGUACGGAAAUAUUAAUUGUAAAAUUAAAGCUGUUGAGUAUGGACGUGUUAUGGAGCCCGUUGCUAAAGAAAACCCCGAUGGCCUUAUUGGAGACGAUGAAAUAAUUGAAAUUAAAUGUUCAUAUUCAGCAAAAGACUACUUAGAUAUAUUUGAAUCUAUUAGUGAUGGAAAAAUUAAUUACUGUACUGUGGAUAAGAGUAACGGAGAAGUUAAACUUAAAAAAAAUCAUGAUUACUAUUUUCAAAUUCAAACACAGCUUCACGUAACCAAAAGAACAUUAUGUCACUUAUUAAUUUUUACCGAAAAUUGGUAUUACAGUAUAGAUAUAAAAUACUGUGAACAAUUUUGGAAUAAAAACAUUCAACCUCUAUUACAUAUAUUUUACUACGAGUGUUUGUUGCCAGAGUUAAUAAAUCCGCAAUUUGGAAAACGAUUAUUAGUAAGUGACAUUAAAGACUCAGAACGAAUCAUAAAUAAGCAAGAAGACAAACAACGCAUUGUAAAAAAAAUGAAAACUAAUAAAUAA